AUGACAGAGGCGGACGACAUUCAUUCAUUGAAUUCUUCCACUGUUAACAAUGAUGAUUACCUUGUGUUGACUCAAGAGCAAACGACCACAGUGAAAGAAAGAAAGGAGAAGCAGGUGCUAAAGCCAUCAGCCAUACAUGCAUCCAUCCGUUCGAAAAGUGACCAACAUCAACAACAAGAGGGCCGAGAAAAUGUUGCCAAGGUGUCCAAUACAUCCACAUUAGCGAGUAUUGUCUGCGUGGUUGCAGGUACCGGUGCACUCGGUAUUCCUCAUGCGCUAAGCCGAUCUGGAUGGAUCGGUUUAGUUUUUCUCGGGUUGAGUGCGGUGAUGGCUCAAUUUUCUGGAUGUCUUUUGAUUCGUUGCUUGUAUCAUCGGCAGAGCCACCGCCUUUCAGGUUUUCCAGAGAUUGGGCAUGUCACAUUUGGUCUACCAGGACGCAUUGUGGGUAUUGUAUUCUCAAUGUUGCUGCUGCUCUUUACGCCCAUACUCUACAUGAUCUUGGCAGGCGACAAUGUGUCACGUCUCUUGGGUUCUGCAGGUGUUGUGGUGAGCCGCAAAGCGUGUACUUGGAUUGUAUCUGCUGUUGUUGGUUUUCCAUUUGCAUUGGUGCGAACCAUGCGCGACGUUUCUUUUAUGAGCUUUUUUGCAUCCAUGGCAACGGUAGGCUUAUUAUUUGUGAUUACGUCUGCAUCCGUUUCCACUAUCCAUGAACAACCCAAUGUGCACCAUGAUUGGGCUAAUCCUGGAGGUAUCCCUAUUGCCUUCAGCACCUUUAGCUUUUCAUAUUGUGGCAAUGUCAUUUAUCCACACCUUGAAUCAUCCAUGGCUGCACCAUCCGAUUGGCCCAAGGUCUUAUUGGUGGCCACAUUUGCGGUCACCAUCAUGUACAUGACGGUGGGAUUUUUGGCCUAUCUUGCCUAUGGUGCUGAUGUGCACAAUCCAGUCUAUGACAGCUUGCCACAAGGCGCUGCACAAAAUGUAGCUAUGCUAGUAGCCACGCUGCAUGUGUUAUUAGCAGUGCCAAUGUAUCUUUAUGUGCUUACAGUGAGCAUCGAGACAUGGCUUGGUGUGAGCUAUCUUCAAGAACAUCAACAUGCUGCUGCAACCAUGAAAAGAUAUAAAGAAGAUCAAGAUGUUGACGUCAACGCCACCAUGGAUGACCACCAAGAGGAUCAUGAUGAUGAUGAUACUACUACUACCACUAUGGGACACCAACUUUCAUGGCUAAAGCGACAACGUCUAUGGCUACAACGCCAUGCAAGAGCAACACGGAUCGUGCUUCGAACAGUGGAAAUUUGCUCAUGUGCAGUGGUUGCCAUGCUCACUCCGUAUUUUUCGGACUUUAUGUCCUUGAUAGGCACCAUUGCAGCCGAGUCGCUUACCUUUGUGUUGCCAUGUAUUUUUUGGAUCAAGCUUGCAUGGCAUGAUAGAAACCCUUGGGAGCUGCUUGGAUGUGCGCUUAUAGCUGCUGUGGGUAUAUUUUGUGCCGUCUUUGGAACAGCCGACGCAGUCAAGCUCUUUUUAAAUGACAUUCAACAGUCGUCGUCGUUGUGA